AGCUGGCCGGGGGAGCUGCGAUGGGCGUUGCUGCAGCUUGCUCUAGCCUGGAACCCAAUUCGUGCCCUCAAUCGCGCAAUAGAGAAAGAACCGGAGCUCCUCCCUCGACUCCACCAGCUCCUCCCUCUUUGACACUUGGGAAACUGAUAGCUCUCAACAGUCUACAGCUUCUCAUACCGAUAUGCUGUCCCGACUCACCAGCUUCCGCAGUUCUCUGCGGCCCAUGUCCGCCCUUUCUUGCUCUCGCUCGUUCACAACAAGCAGAGCUGCUAUGGCCCAAUACGGCCUCGAGACGUACCUAGUCAGUCCGGCUGAGCUCGAUACAGCACUCAAGAGAAACGUCAGCAGCAAGCUCUCGACCGCGCCCAAGAUCGUUCCACUCUGCGCAUCGUGGUUCCUUCCCAACGAUGGCCGGGAUGGUAAGGAGACAUUCCUGGCUGAACGCAUUCCUCGCGCGCAGUUCUUCGACCUCGACGCCGUCAAGGACCCCCACUCGCCGUACCCUCACAUGCUGCCGUCAGCAGAAGAUUUCGCUGCUGCUUUGAGCAAGCUUGGUAUCCGGAGGCAUGACAGCGUAGUGGUCUACGACAGCAAGGAGCUCGGUAUCUUCUCCGCUCCUCGAGUGGGCUGGACUCUUCGGGCGUUUGGGCAUCCCAACGUCCAUGUCCUGAACAACUUCCGCAAGUGGGUCGAGGAGGGAUAUCCCACAGAGAGUGGCGAGCCAGCCACUGUGAACGAGGUCGACUAUCCCGUGCCAGAACUUGAUAAGGCCAAGGUCAUAGCUUUCGAGGAGGUUCGUGAGAUCGCAAAGGAGCAAGGUCUCGAAGGCGCAGAGGAGGUACAGAUCCUGGACGCUCGCAGUCUGGGACGAUGGAAGGGCAUUGAUCCCGAGCCGCGCGAAGGUCUCUCUUCAGGACACAUCCCUCACUCCAUUUCGGUUCCCGUCUCCGACCUCCUUGACGCCGACAGCAAGGCACUCCUGCCAGCCGCCAAAUUGCAGGAGGUCUUCAAGUCCAAGAACAUCGACCCCUCGAAGCCCAUCAUCGCCAGCUGCGGCACCGGCGUUACAGCGGCAGUCAUCGACGCGGCCCUGACCGAGGCUGGCUUCCCAAGCGGUCAACGACGACUGUAUGACGGCAGUUGGACUGAGUGGGCGCAGAGGGUAAAGCCGGGUGAGAGCUUGAUUCGCAAGUCUGAGUAGGGCGGGAUUGAAACCGUCGUAACACGCUCGCUACAGAUUCAGGUUGG